AUGGCGAGAAGAAAGCUUCCAGAUAGACCGCCUAAUGGAAUUGGUGCUGGAGAGCGCCCAAGCCUUCGUCCAUUGCGCUUGAAUACCGAAGAAGCGUACGGUACUUUAACGCGUCCGUUUAAGGUACCCCUCAAGGUAGAUAAAUCGAAACACAGCGAACGGUAUGGGGUUCGAGCUUCGCGGAGAGCUGCAACGGUUUAUGCUGGGAUGGAUGAGGGUGAUAUGGAGAAGGUAGGAGUCAAGCGUGUGGAUGCAUUGUCUUCCAUUAGGCUUGCACGCGACACGUCCAGAUUGGAGCAGAUAGAGAAUACACUCAAAAGGUCUUUUACAGUUCCGAUUAAGGGAUAUGUACAACGGCACAACAUUCCCCUGGCGCUAGGGAUGAAGAUUAAGAUCACGCCUCCCCCACGGCCGCUUCAUGAUCCGUCAGAAGAAUUUGCAAUUGUGUUGUAUGACCCUACGGUAGAUGGCGACAUACGUGAAGAGAACAUAAACGACGUUUCUGGAUCCGAGGAUGUGCAGCGUCAAGAGAAAACAACGGGUCCUGCCAAGAGGACUUUGGCACACCCUGAAAGGAUGUCAAAUGGCGUAAGGAAUAAGAGCCUAAGAGAGUUGCUGGGAUCGCCUGAUAACAAGUCAAAAAAGUUUCCAUGUGUUCCUGUUGUUCUUGACCCCAAGCUUGCCAAAAUAUUGCGUCCCCAUCAGGUCGAGGGAGUCCGAUUUUUGUAUAGGUGCGUCACUGGUUUAGCGAUGAAGGACUUCCUAGAUGCGCAGAAUGUGUUGAAACCGCUGGCCGCGAGCGCUGAGCACCUAUCGUCAUCACCGACAGAAGCUCCUGUAGAAGAAGCGGUACAAAAUGCCGUCGUGGAAAAGAACCGCGGGGCAUAUGGAUGUAUUAUGGCGGAUGAAAUGGGUCUGGGAAAGACGUUACAGUGCAUUGCGUUGUUAUGGUCCUUGCUUCGACAAGGCGCAGAAGGCAAAGCUACGAUAGAUAAAUGCAUAAUUGUCUGCCCAUCAUCGCUAGUCAAUAACUGGGCGAAUGAGAUCGUGAAGUGGUUAGGCCCUAACACGUUAUCUCCUUUAGCAAUAGACGGCAAGAAGAACUCAUUGUCUAAUGGAUCAGUUGCUAUGUCAAUAAGUCAAUGGGCGCUCGCUCAGGGCCGUAAUAUCGUAAAACCCGUGCUUAUAAUUUCGUAUGAAACGUUAAGGCGUAAUAUUGAAAACUUGAAAGGUUGCAAAGUCGGGCUAAUGCUAGCUGAUGAAGGUCACCGCUUGAAAAAUGGUGACUCGUUAACAUUUACUUCAUUAGACUCCAUUAACUGUCCCAGGAGGGUAAUCCUUUCGGGUACACCAAUCCAAAAUGAUCUAUCGGAAUAUUUUGCCUUACUAAGUUUUAGUAAUCCCGGACUACUUGGAACUAGGGCUCAAUUCCGUAAAGAUUUCGAGAUUCCAAUUUUAAGGGGACGCGAUGCUGACGCGACUGAGAAGGAAAUUGAAGAAGGGGAGUUAAAGCUGCAACAGCUAUCGCAAAUAGUGUCAAAGUUCAUUAUAAGGCGUACCAAUGACAUUCUAUCCAAAUAUCUUCCUUGUAAAUACGAACACGUUAUCUUUGUCAGCCUUUCCCCUUUACAGAAGGCACUGUAUGAACAUUUCGUAAAAUCAAGGGAAGUCGCUAAAUUAGUAAAGGGCACUGGAUCACAACCUUUGAAAGCUAUUGGCUUACUAAAAAAAUUAUGCAACCACCCGGAUCUGCUGGAUCUUCCUGAUGACAUUGAGGGCUCAAACCAUUUACUUACGGAUUACCAGAGCAGCACGUCAACAUCUCGUAACUCAAGAGGAGCAUCGUAUGUCCAGACAUGUCAUUCAAGUAAAUUUGCUAUUCUUGAACGUUUUCUGUACAAGAUACGAACCGAAUCGAGCGAUAAGAUAGUAUUAAUUUCGAAUUAUACCCAAACGCUAGAUUUAAUCGAAAAAAUGUGUCGUUUCAACCAUUAUGGCGUAUUAAGACUAGAUGGGACAAUGAACAUUAAUAAGAGACAAAAGCUGGUUGAUAAGUUCAAUAAACCUGAUGGGGAUGAGUUUAUCUUUUUACUGAGUUCAAAGGCUGGUGGAUGCGGUAUCAACUUAAUUGGUGCAAACAGGCUGAUACUGUUAGACCCAGAUUGGAAUCCUGCCGCAGAUCAGCAGGCUUUAGCACGUGUGUGGAGAGAUGGGCAGAAAAAGGAUUGUUUUAUUUAUAGGUUCAUUAGCACUGGAACCAUAGAAGAAAAAAUUUACCAAAGACAGUCUAUGAAGAUGAGUUUAAGCUCUUGUGUGGUUGAUGAGAAGGAGCAUGUAGAGCGUCUGUUCAGUUCAGACAACUUGAAGCAAUUGUUCCAAUUUGAUGCUCAAACAAUCUGUGAUACUCAUACAACCUAUAACUGCAAGCGAUGUAAGAAUGGUAAACAGAUUACUAAGGCUCCAGCUAUGUUAUACGGAGAUGCUACGACAUGGAAUCACCUCAACCAUAGUGCAUUAUCAAGAACAAACGAUCAUCUACUAAAGAAUGAAUACAAUUUUAAUGACAUUAGUUACGUUUUUCAAUAUAUUUCUCACUGA